AUAUCAUCCCUUCGCCUUACCUGCAUUCGAAAAAUAAAAUGACUCCUGCAAAACAACGUCAACGUCAAUCCUGGAAUAGAAAAUAAAAAAUAGUUUACAUUAAUUAUUUGAAAUAAUUAUAAAUGGUAACUUAAAUAGUAAUACAUACACAACAUCCUUCUUACUACAUACAAAAAACUUUAAAAACUUAUCUUACCUAAAUACAAAUUUGAAUAGUAUAAUAUUAAGUAUUUUAUUUUUAUUGAAUCUUGCUUAAUCAACGUAUUAAUAUAAAUAAUAAAUAUCAUUAUUAAAGAAUUACAAAUAUAUAGCCAAAAAAUGCAGGAUUUUACAAGCAUCCUAAACAUUAUAUUCAUAAUAAGCGGAGGCGUUUUGACCUUUGUAAUCUUGUUCAUAUUUGCUAAAAGACAAAUAACAAGGUUCGCUUUGCGAUCUCGGAGAGGACCUCACGUACCGAUAGGAGCUGAUGCAAAAAAGUGUUUGAAAAGGGAAAUAGAGCGACGGAUUGAAGCAGUACCUCGGAUUAUGUAUGAACCUCGUCUUUUGAGUUCUGAACCCUCACAUUAUAUUCUGGAACCUCAACAACCGUACCAUUAUCGUUUUAAAGCUGUUGAUGAUGUCAAAACUUUAGAAGACGAAAUUGCUUGUCAAGACCCUGGACUUAGGCGCCAUCCUCGUGAGUCUCUCCGAGCUUUCCUUUUGUCCUCAUUGGCAGCUCCACUCGAUGGGCGUGGCCAGAAAUUGGUUCAUCAAUUCUGCGAUACAUAUGAAUUCGCCCGUCAUCAUCCAGGAGAGUUUGGAGAGGAUGAAUAUCAGGCCUAUAGCAGACUUUUAAUGAAGUUACUUGACGCAGCCCGUUUGCUGAAGAGUGUAUGUCGUGGUGUGGGAGUGUCCGUGUGUGGCAGUCCGCAACGACGCGUGGCGCGACUGUUAGACGCGGCCAGAUUGCGGCCUACUGCUCCAAACAACCAUUACACAGCUCUGCAGAAUAUGCCGGCAGACUCGAAGUUGGAGGAGGAAGUGAUCAGAGUGACAACGAAGAUGGCCACCGAGACGAGUCGAGACGAGACCGCCGUCUGAACCGUGCGAGCUCGUCAUUCUGCACAGACUCUGUAGGCUGACGAGCUCGUAACUAGAGGAACAAUGACUUUGUCGAUAGUGAACAUGAAGCUGUUUUGUGAAUUGUGAGUGUAUUGAAUUGAGGGACUGGUCGUAUUAUGAUGGAACUGUUUUAAAAAGCUGAUACCUUCAAACCGCUGACUAGACGGUCCGAGGUAGAGACUUCAUAGGAGACUAGAUAACAGUCAGUAGAGAGUGAACUGUCUUAGAGUAGGGGUGCGACUGCCGGGAUUGCUCUGAGAGUUAUCAUCCAUAUUGUGUAAAUCAAAUAAAUAGUAUCCUAAAAGUUUCAUUUUUUUGAAACGACUUCAGAGUAAAUUCCCAUAACAGAACCAUCCCAUGGACAAGAGAACUGAAACAUUGCAUUGAUAAUUUAUUUUAAUCAUAAAGAUUAUAAGCGGGAGGAAGAUGGUCUGGAAGAACUAGGCGUCUCCACAAAACUCUCCACUAUUUUCCUAUAUAGGAUUACCGAGUUUUUCAGUCACGUUGCGAGGAAAAAGCGUGACAAUCUCGAUAAACUACCACCAGCAAAGUGGAAGGAAAGAAGCCUAGGGGCAUAAUGCCAUGCGCUGCUCCGAUGAAAUUAAGACAAUAUUGGACUCUAUCAUCUAUGUCGCUAUCAACUAUCUAGAAGUCAGGAAGGAAUGUAGAACAUAGUCCAAACAAAAGUGCUCCGUAAAGGUCACGACCUUCAGCACUGAGGAACAUGACGCAAGGAGGAGGUAGGAAGAAAAAAAAAAUUGUAUGGUUUUUCUCGUAGAGUAUUCUCGUACCGAUUUUAUUGUACUUAUUAAGAAUUGAGACAUUUUAUAGGCUGUCUCAUGGACACAAGCAGCUACUUGGAAGUGAAAUAGUUAUUUGCGGUGUAUAUAUAUAGUUAUAGAUAUUUAAAAAUUAUGUAUAGCAUUUUUAAGACUCGUGGAAAUCUACCUCACUAUUGUUUCUGUAUGAAAAUAGAGAUGUGUUUAGUCAUUGACUUCAUCCACAAGUUUUUCAAAAUAAAAUUAUUAAAGUAACCUUGUCUUUCUGAGGUCUGUAGAUUAAGAUCACUUGGAAAUGUGCAUUAUGGCUCAGGGUAUAUGAUAGGCUCUGUAUAAAAUAGAGAUUUUUUUAGGCGGUGACGUCGUCCACAACUUUAUCAAACAAUAUAGAAGCAACCUUAUCUUUCUGAGUUCUGCGGAUUAAGAUCACUUGGGCGUGGACAUGCGCUUUGUGGAUCAGGGUAUAGCGAUAUUGGCUCUGUUUGAGUAUCCACUCACACCAAAUAGCCUUGUCUGGUCAUCGAAUACAAUAAAAAUAAUAUCCAACCUUAUUAUUUGUCUGCAUCAAUGAGCUAACUUCUGUAUAUUUUAGGUUCAGAUUUGAACAGAAUGUCUGCGAGUCAUUUAGUGUACCACUUCAUUUGUUUGUAUAAUAUGUAUCGGUUAAUUCAAGUAGACCUACAUUAUAUUAAUACUAGAUUAUUAUAUACAUAGGAGAAUUAAAAUAAUAUAAAAAUGCAUUUAAACAAAA